AUGAAAGCUCAACAGAUAGAUAAUGAUAGGUCGACACCAGUAUUUGUCAAAUUGCUCUUGUGUUGUUGUUGUUGUUGUUGUUUUACGAAAGGCAGAAGAGGAGAAAAAAAACAUAUCUUGUGGAAUCAAAUACUUCCAGAAAAGUCGACAAUUUUCGUCGAAAUGUGCCAGAACAGUACAUCUAUUCAAUCACGGAUCUUUCCGAAACAAUUCGACGACGACCGAUUUAGUGAUGAUUCAUGUUCACAAGAUUUGUUUAGCACAUCGAAUAGAAAAAUGUCCGAUGAUCAAUCGGAUUUUGUAUCAUUUAAUUUUGAUUCAGAAUUGAAUUGCAAUAGUUGUAUAGCAGAUGUCAAUGAUCUCUUUUGUGAUAAAGAUACUUUUUUACCAUGUUUCGAAACCGAAACAUUGAUACCAACGAAACCGGUGCUAGCAUCAACGCGAGGCAGUCGUGUGAAUAGUAAAUGUGGAAAAGGUAAACCAGCACAAGCAUACAUUAACACAGAUGCAUUAAACCGAAAACGCGCUAGACGAAAUGCUCGUCGUCGUCAUCGAUUGAGUUCGGAUUCUCCUACACCUCCGAAUUCGAUCAGUCCACAAUCACAUUCUUCCAAUUCGGAUAAUUUACAACUUGCACAAUGUCAUCGAACACUGUCCAGUUCACGUGGUCGACCAAUCAAAGUUCGAAGAGAUGAUUACAGUGUUACGACGACAGUAACAUCGACAACCGAGCAUGUUUCUGCUCAGCACGAAGCAAUCAAAGAUGAUGAUGAACAUCAUUCCGUAACUGUUUUAUGCGCCUCGAAUGAAGUUUAUGCGGUUUCUCAAGAUAUGUGCGUGAGUUGUGGAAGUAUCGGUGUAGAUGACGAAGGACAAUUAAUAUCCUGUUCUCAAUGUGGUCAAACUUAUCAUCCAUAUUGUGUUGGUUUCACAAAAAUGAUCUCUCGAGUUAUCUUCGAUAAAGGUUGGCGCUGUCUUGAUUGUACUGUUUGCGAAUGCUGUGGUAAAACAACAGACGAAGGCAAACUUCUUCUUUGUGAUGAUUGUGAUAUUUCAUAUCAUACUUAUUGCCUCACACCACCACUCGACCAAGUACCAAAAGGAAAUUGGAAAUGUCAAUGGUGUGUACGUUGUUUGAAAUGCGGUUCAACCAGUCCAGGCGCUGAUUGCCAAUGGGAAAAUAAUUAUACUGAAUGUGGUCAAUGUUAUUCAUUAAAUACAUGUCCAUUAUGUUUACGUAAAUAUUCAUUGGAUGAAUUGAUCAUUCAGUGUACGAACUGUAAUCGCUGGUGUCACAGUAUGUGUGCGAAUAUCUUUACCGAAGAAAUGGCUGAAAAGAGGUGUCACGAACAAUCAUUCAUUUGCUUGUUAUGCAAGCCAGACCAAUCGACGUUUACAUUGGUGCGACAUUCAUCGAAUAAUUCAAUGAAUGAUCAGCAAAUUUUGCAAUCAAAACCCGUGAAAUUUGAUGAAGGUGUUUAUUUAACUGAUAAUGGUGUUGCGCAUUUGAAAUCGAUUCGACCGAAGCUUUCCGCGCAUCCAUCGCGGAAAUCAAAACAGAUCUUGCAGAAAAAUCAAAAUGCUUUCAAAAGAACGAAUUCUUCCUUGAUCAAUGAUGACGAACGAUCGGAUGAAGAAAAACUUCUUCUAACCAAUGACCACCAAACCAAAAAGCCAAUAAAAAAAUACACAGGCAUCGGUGGAUUCGUCGUCAAAAUUCGUGGAAACCGUCGUCGACAAGAUUUACUUCACAUGGAUAGUGAAAUCUUACGGACGAAGAAUAAGCGAUUACGAAAGACGAUUCUCGAAGAACAUAUGCCUCCCGAAAUGCAGGAAGCAUUUUUCGGCAUGGAACUUGCGAAUCGAAAUCAAGCGAGAAACCCGUUGACUGAUGAUUCGUCUUGCCACGAUUCAUCAACGGUGAAUUUCAAAUGUUUGGAUAAUGAAUACGCAAUUCAAUUAGAUAAUGAAACAAUAAAAUAUUUAUCGACGAAGAAAAGACCACCGGCAUCUGUACCGAAUGAAGAGGAAAAUGAAAUGCAACCAAUUUUCAAUAAUGAAGAAUUUAUUGAUUUGGUGGAUUAUAUUCUCAAUCCAGCAGCUCCAAAUCCACCAUGCAAUACCUCAGGAGAUAUCUGGGAAUUUAUUGAAUUUGUGGAUCAACCAAAUCAGAAUGAUAAUUCAUCAGCGAUGGAUUGGUCGAAUAGUAGUAUCUAUCAAACAAAUAAUCCAACUCAAAUCAUUCGAAAUAUGGCUCGAGAAUUAGAAGAAUCUACUGUUGGUCCAUCCCAAGCGACGUUUCUUUCUCAAACAAAUAAGAACAUUCUUCGUCAAGAUUGUAUGCCAUGGUUACCACAAUCACAUAUGACCCAACAACAACAACAACAACAACAGCAUCAGCAACCACCACCACCACUGCUUAACACGGUGUACUCAUGUCCUGAUGGACCAUCGUUAUCAGCGGUUCAAUCACCCGAAUUUAACCGUUCAAAAUUAGAAUUCAAACGUCAUCCAUCUUUGAUGGGCAUGGAUGAAUCUUAUCACAUGUAUCAAGCAUACCAACAGCCAAUCCAAGGAGAGAAUUUACCGAAAACCAUGGCGACUGAGAAACAUUCAUGUAUUUCAAAUACACAUUGUCAAUCAAAUGGUCUACAACAUUCACAAUCAUAUCAACCGAAUUCGUUACCAUCAUUUGAUCUUCAAUCUCCAUUCGGUAAAGAUCCAUCUGCUUUAUUCAUAACGAAAACUAACAAAUAUCAAUCUAAAACAUCGCCUUAUUCAACAUAUAGUACUAAUUCAUCCGAUAUGAUCCAUCCGUAUCAUACUCAACCACCGCCGCCACCACCACCACCACUCAUGAGAUCAGCAUCAUGUUACGCGGUGUCACCAUCAACGAAUGGACGUCAUCCGAAUUCAACUAUUGAUCCGUCAUUUUCAGAACCUCAUCUUCCAACAAAUGGAAAGAAGUCGACCACACGCACUGAUAUAUUGCAAAAUGUACCUGCUGAUGUCCUCGAGAAAAUCGAUGAAGUUAUUUCGACGGUUAUCUCUGGCCAAGGUGAAAUUCCGAUUGAAUCGGAAAGUACACGUCAUCGCUAUCAAUCCCGAUUAUCAUAUACCGAACAGCAUAAUGUCAUCUAUGAUUCGUCUUACAUUCCAUUGAAUCAAGAGAAUUUAUCUUCACAACAAUAUGAUUAUUUCCCAUCGACAUCAUCUCAUGAAUCAGGUCGUACAGUUGUUGCUGAACUUAUUUCUUCCAUAUUAUCCAAUGGUGCAUCAACAAGUUCGGCUACUAUGUGA